AGAAGUUCAGCGGGAAACCAGUUACCUCCCGACGGUGUGACGUGCGCGUGAGUGUCUUUACCUUGUAUAGUGGCAGUGUAUUAGACAAUGUUUAAUAUAAACUAAGGAUGACCGACUACGAGCGUAUCAAGGCAAGUUGCCUUCAACGGCGUGAAUUGUGGGAAGAUCCAGACUUCCCAGCCGUUCAGCCUUCUGUAUUCUACCAUCAAGUCCCGCCUUUCACCUUUGAAUGGAAACGAGCUAAAGAAUUGCAUGCGAACCCCAAGUUUAUUCUCGACAGCAGCGAUACUUUCGACGUUGUGACCGGCAGACUUGGAGACAAGUGGCUGCUUUCAUGUGUUGGAGUGUUAUAUCUGUGCAAAGGACUUUUUUAUCGAGUCGUACCCGCUGACCAGAGAAUAGACUCCAACUAUGCUGGCGUUUUUCGAUUUCGCCUUUGGUGGUGCGGCCAGUGGGUAGAGGUUCUAGUAGAUGAUAGAUUACCUACGGUACACGGCAAGCUGGCAUUUAUGCAUUGCAGUAAUUCCGAACAGCUCUGGCCGGCCCUACUAGAAAAAGCUUAUGCAAAAAUGCACGGGUCAUACGAGGCACUUAAAUACGGCAACCUUUUGGACGGCUUGGCGGAUCUUACGGGAGGCAUCACGGAAUCUCUUAACAUUACGGACCUGACUGACGCCGCUGCCCUUAACAAUCUCAUGAAAACCACAAGUGUUGUCACAGCAUACAGAUUACCAAACGCGGUUACGCAUUCAGUCAAAAGCAUAGAAUCGGGAAUGAAUUACAGACUUUACAAUAUGGAAAGGAUAGAAACUAUUGAUGGACCAGUAUAUUUAGUGAGAUUAGCAAGACCAUUAGCACCAGGAGACACGCAUAUAACACAUUUUAUUUUAGACCAUGCAAGUUGGAGUUCGAUUCCAGUCCACGAACGUGAACGGCUAACGUCAACGACCAAGGGCUUCUGGAUGUUGUACAACGACUUCACAUCAAUGUUCUCACGGGUAGAAAUGGUGCAUUUGGAUGUGGAGACGAGUAAAGCUGAAGCUACUCUGAGUGACAAACAGAAGUGGCAAGUGAAGAGUCAUCAAGGCCGCUGGAAGAAAGGCGUUACCGCAGGCGGAUGUAGAAAUCACGUUAAUUUAUUUCAUAUGAAUCCGCAAAUACAGAUCGUACUCAGUGACCCAGACACCGUUAUCAUAUCGCUCAACCAACACAGCAUAAUGGAACCAAAAGUUAUAGGGUUCAGCAUUUAUAAAAUACCCAAAUCUCUAACCGAGACAGCUUCUCCCCUUUUCUUCAAGAAAACUAAAAGUUCCAUCAACUCGCAAUACACGAAUAGUCGACAGGUUAGCGAAAGAUGUAACCUAGAUGCGGGCGCUUACUUGGUGAUACCGACUACCUUUGAACCGAGGCAGGAAGCUAACUUUUCAUUACGAGUGUAUUCAAUAAAACAACUUAAAAUGAGAGUAUUGGAUUUCACUCCUCAAAUGUUAAAGGCUGCUGUGCUAAAGGCGCCACCAGGUGUAGAAUCGACUAGUUUCGCUCAGUACGAAUCGCAAUUCCUUCAGUUGGCAGAUGAACACAAAACUAUCAAUGCCUUCGAACUGCAAGAGUUGCUCGAAAGAUGUUUACCCAACGAUUACAUCAAAAGCUGUGCCACUAUCGAAACGUGCAGACAGAUAGUCCUGUCAAUGGAAAAAGAUGGUUCUGGCCGCAUAACUCUAUCCGACUUCAAGGAUCUCAUCUGUAGCCUAAAACAUUGGCAGGUUGUGUUCCGGGCCCAUGCACCGGAAAAAAUGAGUGUGCUCAGAAUCGAAAGAUUUCGCGACAUAUUACGCGACGUCGGGUUUGUCAUACCGGAGCGCGCGUUGUCUCUUCUCGUUCUCAAGUAUAUGAGAAAAGAUGGAAUGCUUCGAUUUGGGGAUUUUGUCUCAGCAGUUGUACUUCUUCAUAGAGCUUUCCAUAUGUUCUACAGUAACUGCUCUACGAGUACUUACAAAGUUAAUUUAACUUUUGCUGAGUGGCUGAAGUCGGCUUUGACAUGCUGAUGCUAGGUUAAAAUUAUUUAUUUAACAUAUAGUUGAUGUAUGUAUAUAUAAAUAUUUACAUAAUUACGAAACGAUAUUUUUCUUAUUUAAGAGCUGAAUGGAAACAUUUUAAGUAGAAUAUUUUUGUGUUUAAAUGUUACAUCGUUAUCAAAGCGUUAUAUGGUAGGUAUUGAUAAAAAUCUACUGAAAUAUUUGAUACAAUGUAAUGAUUUGUCAUU